AUGGGCUUGUCUGCUGCCCCUGCCCCCGGAAGCCAUCAUCGCCGGCGGAGCUCAAUGCUCACAGGCGCAGCUCGAUCGCAACACCCGGAUUUCUCGGAGCGGAGGGAUGAGAGCCUCCGCCCAGGGGACCACAGAUGGGAUGAAAGCGAGCCAUUGACGGCAGAGGACACAGAUACGUCCGAAAACCCCUCCCCGGCCAUCGAUAAUCGCGACUUGGACAUAAUGAGCUCGGAUGAUGACGACCGCUACGACGAGGAGACGGGCUUGACCGCAAAGCAAAAACGCCAGCGACGUCGACGACGCAGACAACGCCAGAAGUUGGAUGCCCGCAUCGCCGAUGGGAAAUCGUCUCGAGAUAUCUUUCAGAUGAAUCUAGCUGACCGAAAUGUGGUCAAACGACUUGUUGUAAAUGCUGGAUUGAUUCUGUUAUGGUAUAUUUUCUCAUUAUCGAUCUCAAUUUAUAAUAAGUGGAUGUUCUCCGAGAACGACGUCGUCUUCCCCUUUCCCCUUUUCACAACCAGCCUGCACAUGGCUGUUCAAUUCAUAUUCUCCGCCCUGUUGUUAUGGGUGUUUCCACACCUACGCCCUGGGCAUGCGCCAGGCUCCCCAACCCCAAUGGUGGAGUCUGAAGGAUCGGUCCUCACCAAAUUUUUCUAUAUGACACGCCUUGUCCCCUGCGGUGCGGCAACAUCCCUCGAUAUCGGUUUGGGCAACAUGUCUUUGAAGUUCAUUUCCCUCACCUUCCUCACGAUGUGCAAAUCCUCCGCACUAGCCUUCGUACUUAUCUUCGCUUUCCUUUUUCGUCUUGAGACCCCUUCCAUGAAACUGAUCUUCAUCAUUGCCACGAUGACGAUCGGAGUUGUUAUGAUGGUCGCCGGUGAGACCGCAUUCAACGCCCUCGGGUUCACGCUGGUCAUUGCCUCUGCUUUCUUUUCCGGCUUCCGAUGGGGACUGACCCAGAUUCUUCUCCUCCGGCAUCCGGCUACAUCCAAUCCGUUCUCGACUCUUUUCCUUUUGACUCCUGUGAUGUUUGUCUCUCUGAUCAUCAUAGCGCUCACCCUCGAGGGACCAAAUGAGAUCCAUCAAGGCUACCUCAAUCUUGCUGCACAGCAUGGAAACCUGAUCGGAUUUGGUCUCCUUGUAUUCCCUGGUGUACUUGCAUUCUGCAUGAUUGCUUCUGAAUUCGCCCUCCUCAAACGAUCUUCCGUUGUGACUCUUAGCAUCUGUGGCAUUUUUAAAGAGGUUGUCACGAUCAGUGCGGCUGGCGUCAUCUUCCAUGACAAACUUACGCCCGUUAAUAUCACCGGUCUGGUGGUGACUAUUGGCAGCAUUGGCGCUUACAACUACAUGAAAAUUUCCCGAAUGCGCAGCGAGGCCCAAGAAAACCAUUGGGACCGCGAUGAUAGCGCCGAUUCGGAGACUGAUGGUGAGCCCAGCAGUGGCGACAACGGUGACUAUCGCCGGGUUGCCAACCAGGAGACUACCAUGGUUAGUUCCGCGCCUGCUCCUUACGAUGAUCUUCAUGUCUCGUCUUCUGGUGACCAGCGACGUUCAUUCCGUGUACGAGCCAGCGGUGCUAUGCACGGCCUGACCAUUUCGACUGCCACCAUUCAUGAAGAUGAUGGGCCUCCAUCACCCAUUAAAUCCGCUCCCCCGACCACCACAUCCAUGGCAGAGGUUUUGAAUCCUAGCCUUCAGCAUCCUGAUCGGGAAGGCUCUCCCGCCGUUCAUUCUACCUCCUCUCUCUCUCCAGUUCGAGCCCACCACUAG